GUCAGUACCGCAGCUGCACGAUUGUGUGAAUGGCUACAAGCUCUGUGCAAGUGUGCCGAAGCGCAAGAUCAAGCGUUUCGUGAAAUACAAAAAUUGUCCGGGACCGAAUUACAGUUAGCCGAGACUUUGAACGAUUUGAAUAGGAAACAAAUAGCUCUGGAAAACGCGCGUGAGUUGAAAUCGCAGCUGGACGAAAGCAAAAUGAUUUUGACCAGCCUCAAAUCAGCCACUUUUGAUCCGGUCAGUGAGCUGAAGUUGUCCGAGGAACAGAUGCGGUCAGAUCCAUGGUUAAACGCACUCACAGCCGUGCGUAUUGUCUACCUGAAUGCCUUACCCACCCAACAAAGGCCCGUCGUUUGGAAACAAGUAAAGCGAUUGACAAUCGAUUUGAUAAAAGACGUGGAAGUUGAAAUGCGAGCGGAACUUUCCAAUACUCUUGACCGUGAUGGAUUAGAUCGAAUCGCUUCGGCUGUACAUCAUUACAAUUUUCAUGAAUGGAUGAAAUCACGACCAAAUCUGUUGCAUUCAAUGACAUGCGCACAAUUCCCCGCGGAACUCAAACUCUCACCGAGUGAGGGAAAACUUGCUCCAACUCUCGAGUGCGCCAUUAGUUUACAAUCGUUCCUCUCCACACUGAACCCGUGGGACCGAUCCACAUUACCACCGAUUCCGCUGGUGUUUGAUCCUGACUGUAUCACUGUGAAAGUUCUCAAAGCGCUGAACUCUGAAAUCCAGGAGGGUGUACGUGAUAUCAGGUGGAAUCAGGCUUCGCCGGAGAUUACGGAGUUGAGUUUAACACAGGACAAUUUUGCCGAAAAGUUCAGGACUGCGAAAUUGAACGAUUUGCUCCACGUGAGCUAUCAGUCAACACAUUUCGUUCCAAUCCCAUUCGAUAUGACCUUGACACCGUUGGAAUGUGCUGGUGCAUUGGUUCAGACACUGUGUGAACUGGAUCCAACGGAUACGAACAGUGUACAGUCAUUGCGCCGUGAAGAAUCCGAGUUGCUCCAGGAAGUGCAACGAAACAAGGCAAGUGGUCAUUCGCACGACACAAAGUGGUGUGAAUUAUUGAUCAACCUAUCCAAACUGAUUGAAACUGAUUGUGUACCAUCGACAUUGACCCGGAGUAUUCAACGUGGUGACCUGGCCACACUCACCCAAUUCCAUAUUCACAUGGUCCAGUUAAUCUCUUCACAUACUGCAACUCAGAGGCGUCUUCGUCAUUGUCAGACGCAACGGCAACGACUGGAAAGGCAACGAGAUUUGAAUGCUGCCCUCACUGGAGCCAGAGGUUUGCGUGUAAACACCAUUCGACAUCUGACUCUUCUAUUAUCUCUGAUUAAUGAUCCUUUGGCAUAUCAAAUGCGCUUUCCGUGUUCUCGACUAUGUCAAUUAGUGACUGAAUGUGCUCGGGAGGUCAUUGAGGCGUAUCGAGUGGAUCAGAAUGUAUUGAAAACGGAGAACCCAGAAGCAGCGCAGCUACGGCAUCUGAGUCGACUCGCUUUGAAUGUAGCGGUCAACGCAUUAACCGGUGCCCAGCAUGCAUGGAACCAUCCGUCUGGGGUCGAGUUUCGACUGAAGCUGGCUAUUGGUUUAAGUCGACUUCGUUCAGGACCAGUGAAACAAUCAGGCCUGUGGUUCGAUCCAGAACACGUACAGGAAUUUCGUUGGUUGGAGCGAUUAUUUCGAUUGUUGGAGCCAUUCACGCCGCAACAUCUUCAAUGGAUUGAUAACGAAAAUGGUCCGAUGAUCGAUUUGUUAAAAGAGAUUGAAUCGAGUUCCGCACAACUCCGUGGUUUAUUGCAUUCACUUGAGGAGAACAGAAACGUUUGGGACGAAAUGUUGAAUGGUCCCAUCACAUUUCUGCGUCCAAUGCCCGGAGUGGCGGCAGGUCAGAUCGUUAGUGAACAUCUUGUGUUCUUCAUUUGGUCUAUUCUACGACCACAACGUUUAUACGAGGCCGCGAAACAGCUGAUCGAUCAUGAAUUCUCAGCAUUUCAUCAUGCAAUCGACCAUUCUCCGAAUCCACUGCUUGAAGAAAUGAAUCAAAGACGGUAUCGCAUUAAUGACCUAUUUUUCCCCAAACGGCUUCCUGUCGUGGAGAAAUCGGAGCAAUCUUGUACAGAAUUCGCAUCACCGGUCUAUGUUCUCAUACCCAGAAGUUUACCGGAAUUAUGCAGUUGGAGUGUUGGAGGUGAACAGCCAUUGGACGUCGAAAUAUUAUCCACUACGCAACAAGCAUCUUUGGAUUAUUUAAGGGAUUGGGCCAAGCAGCUUUCCUGGGUUACAGUUGAGAUUGACCUUAUCGAUUGUCCUAGUGAAAAUGCGGAAAACUACAAUUUAACGGCUGAUCGCAACACUGUGGUUCUCAUUAAAAACAGUCACCUGCUAGACGUUUCACGAACGAGCACCGCCAACUCGUGGACUGUAUUGAAAUCGUUCGUAACUGCUUUGCUCAAAGACAACUGUGACCCCUCUCAAUCUGAUCGUUUGCUCGGUCGCGACCAGGCGAGACAGAGUUUGAUGUGGAAAAACGAACAAAUCCGUGUGUUUCUAGAUUUCACUGGAUGCCGUAGUCUUGAACAGCUGGCGAACGUGAUCCGACGACUUCCUCGCUUUUGUUCGGAUGAGGAAAAACAGCACGGUGGACUAGUGCAUGCUUUGGGAGGAUCUUAUUGCGAGCUGGAUGUCCCAUAUCCUCCAUCUCGACAGUAA